AUGUGCACGGCAGGCAGUGCAAAGCGAGAACGAUCACGCCGCGCGGAAAGACCCGAUGCGUCUUCUGAGGGGGACGAAGAGGCGGCAGGGAUCGACAGUGGUGCCGCCUACAAGAAGGCGGGCGGAACGGAUGAUGAACAGGUGGCCGAGCGCGUUGAACCAAAUCUGGUUUUCGGCGCCAUCACCGUGUUCAUCAACCAGACGCUCGGUGGCCAGAAGGGCUUCGUGUCCACGUUGGAACUACAGCUCGUGGCGUUGCGCUUCUGCGUGAUUUGCCGACACGUACCCUCGCUUACCUUAAGGGUGGGGAAGAGGGCGAUGCGGCAUCAGAAGUCUGGUUUGAAUAGUUCUUCUCGUGUACCCGCCCUUCGACCAUCUGCAAUAAGGGGGCAGUACGUCAAGGAAGCGAUUUUGUCGAAGCACCACAAGCGCAUCGACUGCAGGAGCGCUUCGGGAAUAAAAUUCGGGAAACAAUUCGACGAGCCUAUCGCGGGUGUCCCGUGGCCUUGCUCGCUGCGACAGCUCGAGUUCGGUAGACGCUUCGACCAGGCGAUCGUAUCGGUGGAAUGGCCACGGUCGCUCCAGAAACUAACGUUCGACGGCUUGUUCAACCAGCCGGUAGAGGGUAUCUCGUGGCCAAGCGAUCUGCGCGAGCUGGACUUCGGGUUGUCGUUCAACCGACCGAUUGAAGAUGUCGCGUGGCCAAAGUCGUUGCGGGCUAUGCGGUUUGGACCCUGUUUCAAUCAACCGAUUGAACAGGUGCUCAUCUUUGGAGAUGAUUUCAACAAGCCGAUCGAAGGCACCAAGUGGCCGUCAUCACUCAAGAAGUUCACAUUGGGCCUCAAGUUCGAGCAAUCUAUUGCCAACGUGUCAUGGCCGCAGGCAUUUGAACAUCUUCACCUCGAGAACGUCUUCUACGAUUUUUCUGUUGAAGACAUGUUGUGGCUGCCGUCGUUGCGCUACGUGACGAUGGGCGAGGACACAGUGUUCAAGUCGAUUGCUGCCAUUCAUCAAGACAGUGGGAGUGGUUCUGAGGCAUCAUGGGCGACUAUGGGUGCCGCGGCGGCCGGUGACAAUUUGUCGGAGAGUGUCUCAAUUAUCUCCCUAUAG